GCCAAGCCCGGAGGAGUGGGAGCUAUAGGAACAGGGAAGUGGUGCGGAGGAGCGAGGAUGAAGGUGAUCGACAAGAUACGGGGGGCGGCGGAGGGCGAUGGGAGGACGGUGUUCUCCUUCGAAUUCUUCCCCCCCAAGACGGAGGAGGGCGUGGAGAACCUCUUCGAGCGCAUGGACCGCAUGGUCGCCCACAACCCCAACUUCUGCGACAUCACCUGGGGCGCCGGCGGGUCCACCGCCGACCUCACCCUCGACAUCGCCAACCGGAUGCAGAACAUGAUCUGUGUAGAAACUAUGAUGCACUUGACCUGCACCAAUAUGCCGGUGGAGAAGAUUGACCAUGCUCUGGAUACCAUCAAGGCCAAUGGGAUUCAAAAUGUUCUGGCACUCAGGGGGGAUCCCCCACAUGGUCAGGAUAAGUUUGUUCAAGUUGCUGGCGGAUUUGCAUGCGCCCUCGAUCUGGUGCAGCACAUUCGUGCUAAGUAUGGGGACUACUUUGGUAUCACUGUUGCUGGCUAUCCAGAGGCACAUCCUGAUAUGAUACAAGGAGAUGGAGGUGCUACACAGGAAGCCUAUAACAAUGAUCUUGCUUAUUUGAAGAGAAAGGUGGAUGCUGGUGCUGACCUUAUUAUCACUCAGCUAUUCUAUGAUACUGAUAUAUUUCUGAAGUUUGUCAAUGAUUGUCGUCAAAUUGGGAUAACUUGUCCAAUUGUACCUGGCAUCAUGCCAAUCAACAACUAUAAGGGCUUCUUGCGAAUGACUGGGUUUUGCAAAACUAAAAUACCACCUGAGAUUACAGCUGCUUUGGAUCCUAUUAAAGACAAUGAAGAUGCUGUCAGGGCAUAUGGAGUUCACUUAGGGACUGAAAUGUGCAAGAAGAUUUUAUCUCAUGGAAUCAAAACAUUGCAUCUUUACACACUAAACAUGGAGAAGUCUGCAUUGGCCAUAUUACUGAAUCUUGGUUUGAUAGAAGAGUCUAAAGUUUCAAGGUCCUUGCCUUGGAGAUGUCCGGCAAAUGUUUUUCGUGUCAAAGAGGAUGUUCGGCCUAUUUUCUGGGCUAAUCGUCCAAAAAGUUACAUCUCAAGGACUGUUGGUUGGGAUCAAUAUCCACAUGGGAGAUGGGGUGAUUCUAAUAACCCAUCAUACGGAGCUUUAACUGAUUACCAGUUCAUGCGCCCACGAUCACGGGACAAGAAACUUCAAGAGGAAUGGGCAACCCCAUUGAAAUCUGUGGAUGAUAUCAACGAGAGAUUUAUGAAAUUCUGCCUGGGAAAACUGAGAAGCAGCCCAUGGUCGGAAUUAGAUGGUCUUCAACCAGAGACAAAGAUAAUCAAUGAACAACUGUCACAGGUCAACUUGAAGGGUUUUCUAACUAUUAACAGUCAACCUCCUGUUAAUGGAGAGAAAUCCGACUCUCCUGCUGUUGGAUGGGGUGGACCAGGGGGUUAUGUUUACCAAAAGGCGUAUCUGGAAUUCUUUUGUUCAAAAGACAAGCUAAUUUCAAUCACUGAAAAUUGCAAGGCCUUGCCAUCUCUCACAUACAUUGCUGUGAACAAAGAAGGGGAGUAUGUCUCCAAUGUUGUUCUCAAUGCAGUCAAUGCAGUAACAUGGGGUGUUUUCCCUGGCAAAGAGAUCAUCCAACCAACUGUUGUGGACCCUGCUAGCUUCAUGAUCUGGAAGGAUGAAGCUUUUGAGAUUUGGACAAGGGGAUGGGCUCGAUUGUUUCCUGAGGGUGAUCCAUCAAGGGAGCUACUAGCUCAGGUGCAAAAAAGUUGCUUCUUGGUUAGCCUUGUUGACAAUGAUUAUAUUCACGGUGACAUUUUUGCUGCUUUCAAAGGCGCGUGAAACGUUUUGACUCAAAAGUCUACUCGUCUGUCGUAGCAACAUUUUGUCUGUGAUUUAUCUAGUAAUGAGCAGACGAGAGUCCACUUAUCCGAAUUUGCGUUCUAAUGGAUGCAUUAGUUUUUCUUUUACAAUCAUUUCUAGAACGAUUGUCUAAUUUGCAUAAAUAAACUGAGUUGCCAGGUGCGGUCCUGAUGUUUCUUUGUUUGCA